CAGUUUGGAAGUACUCCAUGACACACACUCGGAGGAAGUCCCUUCCCAUGUUGAGUUCCGGCCCCACUGGCCGCCGAGAGCCCCUGCAGAUGGAAGACAGCAAUAUGGAGCAGGGGGCUGAGGGUGUGGAGCCAGGUGUGCCUGAGAGCCCAGGGCAGCUCACAGGGCGCCGCAAGAACUACCCACUUCGUAAGCGCCCAUUGGUUCCUGAGAAGCCCAAGGCCUGCAAAGUGCUGCUGACCCGCCUGGAGAAUGUGGCUGGUCCCCAGAGUGCAGAUGAGGCUGAUGAGCUGCCCCCUGACCUGCCCAAGCCCCCCAGCCCAGCCCCAUCCAGUGAGGACCCUGGUCUUGCCCAGCCCCGCAAGCGGCGUCUAGCCUCCCUCAAUGCUGAAGCCCUCAAUAACCUGCUGCUGGAGCGAGAGGACACCAGCAGCCUGGCAGGCACCCGCCGCAGUCGAGCAGGAGACCCCCACCGCAGCCGGGAUCGUGACCGGGCCACUGGGGGCUGGUCCUCUUCCAAGAAGCGACCCCGGCUGGGGGACCUUGGAGGUGGAAGUCGGGACCUAUCCCCAGAACCAGCACCAGAUGAAGGCACCCGCAAAGAUGGAGACCCAGCUCCCAAGAGACUGGCUAGCCUGAACGCAGCUGCCUUCCUAAAGCUGAGCCAGGAACGAGAGCUACCCUUGCGGCUCCCUCGUACUCACCCAGAAGCAGAUGGGCGCUCCACUGAGCCCCCAGCACCCAAGGCCCUGAGGCCAAAGUGGGCCAAGAUCAGUGGCAAGAACUAUCCCAAGGCCCGGCAUGGGACUGGCUCUGGGGAAGCUGCAGGCCCACCCGGCUGGCAAGGGCGCCCUGAUGAGCCAUGGCCGUCAGCCACUCCUCGGGGGCCAUCCGUCCAGCCACCUUACCAGGCCCUGAGCAAGACUCUGGAGAGCCCCUUGAGGCUGCGCCCCCACCUCCCACUGCUGAUGGGUGGGCAGGCAGCCCUGAAGCCAGAACCUGGGCGCCCAGGAGAGGAGUCACCUGCUCCGAAGCAGGAACUGCACCAGCCCUCUUUCCCCACACCUCAGCUGUCCCCCCUGCCAAUGCCCGGCAACCCCGCUGACUACAAUGGCCUGUGUGUUGGGCCUGAGCUCACUGCACUAGGCAGUUUCUACCUGUGCUGUGGCCAAGAUGGGCUGCAGUGUGGGGGCUACUUGCCCUGCCCCAUGCUCCCUGAGGGCAAACUGUCCCCAGUGGCUGCACCUAAUGAGAGUCUCCUUUUGGCCCCAAGCUCAGUGCCCUCAGGCACCCCUUUCCAGCACCCUCCCUGGGGCUCCUCUCGCUAUUGCUCUAGCGAGGACACUGGAGUGAAUGGCUACAGCAUCUGCGGAGUGUUGCCCCUGUCUCUCACCCAUGUUGGCACUGCCUGUGGCGGCUGCCCCUACAAAAUGCCUUUUGCAGCAGAAGGCUGUAGGUCUCUGGGCCAGCUGGAAUUUCCUCUCCCGGAAGCUGGCCACCCAGCCUCACCCGCCCAUCCCCUCCUGGGAUGCCCUGUACCCAGUGUGCCACCUGCAGCAGAGCCUGUCCCCCAUCUUCAGACACCCACCUCAGAGCCUCAGACAGUAGCCCGUGCGUGCCCUCAGAGCGCCAAACCUCCCAGCGGUUCCAAGUCAGGUCUGCGCACAGGCUCCAGCUGCCGGCACACUGCUAGGAGCAAGGCUGCCCGUAGGCCCAGCCACCCAAAGCAGCCACGUGUCCAGCGCCCACGCCCUCGCCGCCGCCGCCGCCGCCGCACUAAUGGCUGGGUGCCUGUUGGGGCUGCCUGUGAGAAGGCUGUGUAUGUCUUGGAUGAGCCGGAACCAGCCAUCCGAAAGAGUUACCAGGCGGUAGAGCGGCAUGGAGAGACAAUCCGAGUCCGGGACACUGUCCUCCUCAAGUCAGGCCCGCGAAAGACAUCCACACCUUAUGUGGCCAAGAUCUCUGCCCUCUGGGAGAACCCCGAGUCAGGAGAGUUGAUGAUGAGCCUCCUGUGGUAUUACAGACCUGAGCACUUACAGGGAGGCCGGAGUCCCAGCAUGCACGAGCCCUUGCAGAAUGAAGUCUUUGCGUCGCGACAUCAGGACCAGAACAGUGUGGCCUGCAUUGAGGAGAAGUGCUAUGUGCUGACCUUUGCUGAGUACUGCAGAUUCUGUGCCAUGGCCAAGCGCCGAGGCGAGGGCCUCCCCAGCCGAAAGACAGCACUGGUGCCCCCCUCUGCAGACUACUCCACUCCGCCACACCGCACAGUGCCCGAGGACACGGACCCUGAGCUGGUGUUCCUUUGCCGCCAUGUCUAUGACUUUCGCCAUGGCCGCAUUCUCAAGAACCCCCAGUAGCCUCAAGCCCACACUGGGGCUUCCCAUGAGCAAGUGGGGCUUGGGGCAGGGGGCACUGCUUGAAGCACAGCACUUGGUUAAGGGGCCACAGGGGUCCGAGGUUGCUGGCCUGUGGUUCUCUUGUGGGGGGAGGGCAGGGGCCUCUGGGUUUUGGGCCCCAUGGGAGGGAAGGGGAGGCCAGGGUAUAAGAAGAGUGUCGGAGCCCUCAGCUCGGCCUUAGGGUACCUGUCUGUGGUACACUGGGUGGAGACUUCUGAAGAAGCAGUCUUCUCCAGGGCUAGGCCAAGCCUGAGGGACAUGGAACCCUAGGAGGGAAGGGGGCAGGGAGGAGGGGCAAGGUCCUUCAGGAAUCAGGCUCAACAGGCCCUUCUGGAGCCCUCCCCCGCCCUCAAAGGGGGAGUGGGAGCCAGCUUUACCUCACCCACUGUGACCCACUGCUUCCCCCUCAGCCUGGGACCAGGCUCUCCCAGAUUCCAGCACAGCUCUGAGCUUGUUCCUCUGCGGCAUAGCGAGCCAGAGUGUGGCUUCCAGAGCAUUGAAUUCCUCUUCCUGGACUUGAGGCCUUUCUCUGGCUUUCCACCUUUGCCCCUGCAGUAGCCACUGGUGCUGGGACAAUUUGACCCGGCCCUCACAGUCAUGGGUGUGGCCCACUUGUGGGAGUCAGUCUCCUGUCCUUCUCCUGGAGAGGGCCACCCAGAAAGUUAACUGAUUAAUGUGGGGUUUGUCCUGUCUGGGAGGGCAGCUGGGUGCUGGGAAAGGGUGGGGGCAGGGGGCAAGGAAAAUUGCUACCUGAUUUAUUGAAGAUUUUUCCUCUUGCCUUACACUUGGAGGUUCCAGGAAACCUCUUGCAGAACUUCACACAUGACUCUUCAAGCCACACCCACCUGAAAUCAAACCAAAGGAGUGCUGUGGCUCCCCUUGCCCUGCCACCCUUACCCUAGUCUUUUGUAGAUUGCACUAAUUUACAUCCCAGCGAGAAUCAACACUGUAUCAGUCCACAGACCUGCUGAGCUGCAGCCACUCACUUUCAGAGCUAAGGACCUGCAUUUUCGGUUUGUUUCUCUUGCCCAGAGGCCCUGUUCUCACCUCAUGCUGCUCUCCAGAGGGCUUAGACCCCUGUUGUCCUUGCCUGGACUAGGCCCCGGCCCUGGCCCUCUUGUGAGGGGGGUAGCAUGGCCCGGUUUUUUCCUAUUUGUACCAAAGAGGAGCAUGGUGGGGAGAGUAGUGGAGUGCAGUGUGGCUUGGACCUGGUGCUGGGACCCUGCUAGCUAAGCACUUCCACAAGGGCAUAGCCCGGGGGCAGGAGCCAGGAAGGGCAGCACUGGGUCUUCCCUUAGGGAGAAGGGACAGACAGACCCAGCAGGCUGAGGAAGUGGCACUGGGUGAGGACACUCAGGCAAGAGCUGCAGAGGGAGGUGGAAGUGAAUCCUGAGUGCCCCUGAAAACCCCCAUGCCCUGCCCUGUCCCUUAGAAGACAGGUUUGCUCCUGAUUGGUCAUUGGGCCUGGAGACUUCAGAGGUGAAUUUAUGCUUGGGAAGCUGGAUCCCAAACCUGAAGGGAAGGGACUUAGGUCUCCUUGUAUUGAAUAAGCUGUUUGGAGGAAGGUGUCCAUCUGGGAGGAUGGGGCGGUAAGAGAGGUUGGCAGAGUGGCAGGGGGGCUCUGGAGAGCCAACCUCAGAGCCUGCUCAUUCCCAGGGUGCUGAGCCCUUGCUGCUAAGGAGCUCAGCCUCCCCCAACAGGAGAGGAAAUCAAGUCCCCUCCUCCCAGGGGGUAGGGUCUGCUGCCCAGAACUUUAAAUGCUUUUGAAAUCUCUUAGAUGUGGAAAUAUUUUUUCGAACCUGAAAAUGCAGCUGGUAGAAUUUCAAUGGACGCAUAAUCCAUGUAAAAUAUAUUUUAGUUGAUAUUUUGUAAAAUGCACUUUUUGUGUGUGUUGAUCCUGGUUUCCCAGAUCUGUAUUUCAGUGUUUACAAGGGAGGGAGGACCUUACCUCACCUCCCUUUUGACAGAGAUUAGAAGUACUUCUUUAAGAAAAAAAUAAAUUUGAGAAAUUGUAUUGAUUUAGAAAAGGAUCAUU